ACCUGCCUCAGCCUCCCUGGGUCUGUCUCUCUCACCAUGGCCUCUCGUUUUGCUGUCUUAGAUAUCGACGUUGACCUGGAUGAACGAGCGGGGAAGAAAAAACAGGAGAGAGCGAAGAUAAAGAGUGAUGAAAAUGGUAAAAAAGUUUUAAACAAGCCAAAUAAUAAGAAGAAAAAGCCUGGGGUAGCAGACGGCCCCACUCUGCAGGCCAUGGCAUUUGGAUCCAACAAAGGCAAGAAUAAGAAAAAGCCCAAUAAACCAGGAGAGGGAGUGGAUAAAGAUGGUGUUAGUAUUAAAACAAAUGGACAAGUUAAUCCAAGAGUAGACGAAGAUUGGCAACGUCGGGAUAAUGAGUUUAUUCGUGAUGAAAAUGAGCGCAGCCUUCGAGAAGCUUUGAUGUUGUCCAAACUUGAUUUUGAGGAGAAAAAAGUAUUUUAUGCAAAGAUGAAGAAAGAACAGCAAGAUGAAACAAAAGGAGGAAAAGUAAAAAAGAAGAAAGAUAAGCCUGUGACAAUGUCUUUAGAUCAGUUCAACAGCCUCCGCCCAGACCAGUUGACAGGGAAACAUGAACCAGAUCAACAAGAACCUCAAAGCCAGGGGGAUCUGCCAGAUGAAGAAACAUUUUUUGAAGACAUUGAUGAAGCAGCUCGAAAAACUCUGGAGAGAGAAAGUAGACAUGAAAACUAUAAAGCAACAGCUGGUCAGUACAAUCAAGAAGUUCGUGUUUCUCAAUAUGAAGCCGAGCUAGAAAAGCGAGACUUUGAAAUUCAGGCCCUAAGACUAGAAGUGGAAUCCCUGAAGGGUGAACUAAAGUUAGUUAAAGGCAGGAAUAAAAAACUUUGUGAGGUGAUAUGCUCUGCUGAAAUGAAGAGCAAGGCUGAGUUAGUAGUGGAACUGGAGAAAAUGACCAAAGUAAGGGAAGAACUCACACAAGAAAUGUCAAACCUCUCAGCCCAGGUAGAACAGGAGAGAUCAAAGGUUAACCAACUCAGCCUUGAUCUAAAAAAGACACACGGUAAAAAGAAGCAAAAUGCAGAAGCAGCUAACAAGGACUAAAGCCAAUUUUUUCUGGAAUUAAUAUUUUACAGUGCAGUGGAAAUUACAGUUGAAUUCACUCUUCCAAUAAAUGUUAACGAGAUGUCUUUGCAAUGUGAUAUCAACACAUUGAAGAGUGGUGAAGAAAAUUUAACAACCAUAGUUGAGGUAUAGUUAAGAAGUACAAAUAAUGUUAGAACACUUGACUAGAUAAUUGUCUGGGAUUAAAUAUGAGUAAGAUUUAUAUUUUAUGAAGAAAAUUCAAAACCCGCUGUUCAAUAUUCAAAUAAGAGAAUGUUAAGCAGAUGAUAAUCAAAUUUGUGUAUGCUGUAUAAAAUGAUAUAUUUUCAGAUGUAUUGUCAGACUAGCUGUUUCAUUUCAUCUCUAUUCAGUUGUUAAAUACUGUAUGUGGAAAAUUUAAGUUCUUUUGUAAACUUUACAACAGAAUUAUGGACAGUAGAUUAUUAUAAUUUUCUUUUAUAUUCUAAGUUUUUUAUGUUGGGUAAGAUUUUAUAUUUCUUACUUACACUAUAUUACCAAAGUAUAAAUGGGAUCUGAAAUACUGUACUUCAUGAGUCCAUGUUAAAUCCCAUCAAGAAAUGUAUAUUUUUAUUUCUAUUAUUGUUUUAUAACACUGGAUUUCAUAUUCAUGAUUUUUUUCCAGUAAUUGUCUGCACAAUCAUAUUAUGACUAGCUACUGUAUAUUCUGUGAAUGGGAAGGAAAAUAAUGUGUCAUUUGCUUAGAUCUGUGAAGAUGUUUGAUAAAGAUAUGGACAGAUUUUUUUUUACUCCAAGAAAGGUGAGAGUGAGGGCUUUGUGUGAAUCAUUCACUUAAUCAGUCACUUGGAAACUUGACUGACAUGCAAAAUAUUGGCUAACUUAUUUGUACUCAAUUUAUUCUUCCCUGAUACUGGUAAUUCAACUCUGAUCAGUCCUAAAAUCAGUUGUCAAAGAAUGAAAAUCUGCUCUUGGGUGUCAUAUGUUAACAUAACACUGAUGGAAUUUUUUAACUGCUUUAUUAAUUAUCCCCUCCAGCUCUUGGUGAAAUACUAUUAAAAAAUUCUUGCUGAUUAAAUCUAUACUAUGCAGUCACUCUGAUAGCUUUAGUAAUAAUUUAAGUUCAAAAUUUAAAUGAUAAAGAGAGUACAAGUGUGUCCAGAAAUCUAAUAACAUUUUCGUAAAUGUAGCCAGCAAUUGAUGAAUCAGUAAAAAUGUUAAUACAGUAUUGUCACAGAGAUUGGAGAUGUGUCUUGUGUUCAUUGUAAAGGAGGUUCUCACUAAUUAUAUUUAUUAUCUGACUGUG